CCACACAUGGCCACAAAGAGACACAAAACAACCACAAAGACACACAAAACAACCACAAAGACACACAAAACAACCACAAAGACACACAGAAUGACCAGAAACAGAUGCAAAUGAACCUCUAACAGACAGAAUAUAAGCACAAAACAACCAAAAUAACCUCGAACAUACAAUAUUACUGCAAAGACAAAAGAGUCACAGAACAACACAAAAACACACACAAUGGCCUUUAACAGAUUCAAAAUGACCAGAGACAGACAUAAAAUACCCACAAAGUAACACAAAGUGAAGCAAAAGAACUACACAUAACACAAAACUGCCUGAAGACACACACAAAGACACAGGAAAUGACAGCAAAUACACACAACACCACAACUACAAAGAGACACACUAAAGUCUGUGGGUGUUCCUGUGUUUGACAUCAGUUGUCUCAUAAUCGGUCCAUGAUUAGACUCCACUCACAACAAAGACACACAAAUGAUCAGAAAACAAAUCUAAACAACAUUUCUUUGUGGUUUUGUUUGAAACUAAGAGCUGGAACUAAAGAUAUUUUACCACUGUGGUUAGUUUGAGUAAAAUCAGUUUCUUUUAGCUCGUUAACUCAUGAAAAAGUUGUAUUUUUGUGUUAUUUUUUUUAUCCGGAGGAGGUUUGUAAAGUUUGCUAACAUCAUGCUGCGGUGUGUGUCCAUCAGCUAACAGUUGUUAUGCAACGGUUUGUGGCUGAUGUUAUUGUGCGUGAGGCGUUCAAUGUCACCUCCUCCAUCAGUAACAAAACAAUGCUUAAAGCAGUUUUGAAAACUUCCAUUUGUUUUCUGACCGUGUUGUGUUGUGUAACCUUUACAGCGGUGUGGACGUUAACGAGGAGGGCGGGUUCUGCAAAGACAGGAAAUCCUGCCGCUGAACCCGGAAGUGGGUCUGCUGGUGGAAUGUUUCUGUUUUUCGGUUCAGACCUGGUCCCGUUUCUGCUCCCGGACCCGCUGCGCUUUGCCCAGUCAUGCCCGUAACGGGACAGGGCGAGGGAGGGAGGGGAGGGGGUGUCACGUGUGUUAGUGACAGCCCGCACCGCGCGUUCUGAUUGGCCCGACGCCGCUCCAGGCCCGGCCCCUCUGAUAGGCUGUCCCUGCCGACGUCACCGCGAUCAGCUGUUGGAGCUCCACAACAACAACAAAAGAAGCAGCAGUCGGGGACCGAGGAGGAAACGGACUGAAGGAGGAAAAAAAGAGAAGAAAGCUGAGCCGCACUGUGACUCCCGAUGUACAGUCCUUAAAUUAACCUUUUUAUAUUUUAUUUCUUCCGCGAAGAAACCUCAAGUUUUUCUAUUUUUCGAAAAGUAACGCACCUACCUCAGUUUUUAAGGAUUUUAAUCACGGUGUGAAACUCGGUUUACAUCUUCUUCUUCUGCCGCAGGGCUUUUUUUUCUACUUCCAUAUUUGUUGAAACGACCCCGACGUCGAGCGAUGUCUAGCCUUUGUCUGCUGGCCCUCAGAUGAUCCAUGACCACCCCUUAUUGAUGCACUUUAUCGCCUUUCCGGAGCCUUCCUCCCUGCCGAGAACCCCGCAGCUGAUGACCAAAGCGCCUGCCACGCCUCCCCGCCGUCGCCCCGUGCCGCGUGCCUCCCCCAGCCCCUCCCUCAGCCUCCCCCAGCCCCCGCAGGACGCCCAGGGAUGUUCCAGAGGUUCGCCAGCGCUCUGUUCGGGGACGACGUGGAGGAGCUGAGUCGAUGCAGCCGACCCGGAGACGGCAAAGAGGAGGAGGACGACGACGAAGACUGGAUCUUGGUCAACUACCUGGCUGAAGCCUGCUCCGGUCAGUGUGGCGAUGGCCUGUCUGGAUCCACUGUUGGUCACAGGGAGGAGGAAGAGGAGGAGGAGGAGGAGGAGGAGGAGGACCUGGUGAUGAUCCCCUCUCCGGUGGCCAGCCCCCCCAUCCGCUACGCCUCCUGCACCUCCCUCAACUCCACGGCCGACACCGACCCGGACGGCGGCGCCGAGGAGGACGAAGAGGACGAGGAGGAGGAGGAGGGCGGCUUCCUGCGGCUGGACGCCUGCUCUCUGGAGGAGAGCUGGUUCGUCACCCCCCCGCCCUGCUUCACCGGCCGCGGCAGCCAGCCCGUCCUCCUGGAAACCAGCCCUCUGGAGAACCUGCUGAUCGAGCACCCCAGCAUGUCCGUGUACGCCCACCACAGCCCGCCUCGACUGACCCUCGACCCCCUGCAGCGCUCGCUCGACCGGGAGCUGGACUUCUUGUCCGGCAACAUGGCCGCCACCCCGACAGCCUCAGGCGGGAAGGAGAAGGCGAGGCGCACGCUGGACGGCCCCCGCCACAGGCCAGAGGUGGCAGUCGUCCAGCGCCGCUCCACCCUCCACUCCGCCUGCUACGCCGCGGCGCUCUCCGCCCGCGCCGGCCUCCUGCAGCAGCGGGCGGGAAACGCCGCCCAACGCACCCAACCGCUGUCCCGCAACGCCCUGCGACGCCUCAACCUGCUGCGCCCCCCGAAGGCCAGCACCGUGCACCUGCACCAGCCCAGCCAGAGACACCUCAACUUCUGAGGUCGCGGCAACAUCACCUUCAUCAUCCGCCAUCAUCCAUCGUCAGCAUCAGCCUCCUGUAAGCAGUAUGGGAAUCUAAACUCUGGUCACACCUCCAACACCAGCAGCAACAAGUUCACCUUCAUCAGCAGCAGUCGCUAACACACCUGAUCAGUUCUGAAAUCUGAUUGGACGGUCGAGUGGGGAAAAUGGCUGCUGAUUUUUAAAAAACUUUAUCAGCUCAUGUGGUCAGUUCAUUAAGCAUCUCCUCCUCCUCGUCUUCAUCAUCCAUCCUUCAUAUCGAUGCUGAGAAGAAGGGAUGUGAAAGAAGAGGCCUAUCCCUUCCUCCUCCUCCUCCACGUCUCUCUCUAUUGGACCAGUUCACGUCCAAUCACAGAGAGGCGACGAGUUGCCACGACGACGUCCACCUCCUCCUCCCCCUCUCUUUCUUUUUCCUUCUUAUUCUCGUUCUUUACGGACAACUUAACGUGUAGAAUCAAUGCUGUAGGUCACUUUACUCGGCGGCAGGUUCACGGCGCGGCAGCAGGAUGGUCGGGCGAAGUCGUCGUCGUUGCAGCGACAGUUUGUCUGGCAACUUUCUGGGCAACUCAAGAGGCAACAGGCAACAGGAGACAUUUCAGAUCCUGAAUCACUUGAACAAGUUUUGGCGCAGCAGCACGACGUUGCCGUUUAAUCAGUGCAGGAGUGUUGUGAUCGAGACGCCCAAAAAGUUGCCAGAAGCAGCAAUUUUUGAGACUUGAGGUGUUAGCGUUGCUCGUCAGGUGUGUUUCUGAAACGGGCAACCUGAGCCCUGCUGGUUUUAAAGAGGCUGUAAGUCAACGAGUUGCUGCAGCUUUAAAGGAAAAAUCCCCUCAAAUAAUCUGACUCUGUUUCAGCCAGCACUUUGUCGUUGCUGAGGAAGGUGAAGAGUGACAGAUGAGGCUGUUUACCAAGCAGGGAGGGUGUCAUGAAAGACACUAGUUGCAUUAUGGGAAAUGUAGGAUCCAGUGUUUUUGGAGUUUAAAGUCAGGAUAUCUCAGCCUCAGCUGCUUUAAUAUUUCACUACUCUUCACUACUUAAGUCCAAACAAUCUUUGUCCAGGUCCUGCUUCCAAAUAACUGACCCUGCAGAAUUCAUGAUAUAUUACAUUUGGAAAACUACAACAAGUCCCUGGAAGUGCAAUAUUAAAUCAAGAGUAAACAAAUCAAAUUCCUCUCAGAGGAAACUGAAACUGUUUUGAAGUUUUUAAAAAGACAUUAACUCCACCUCCAUCUUGAACACAAGAGUUUUUGCAGGUGUGAACGUGCUGCGUUCACAGGUUUUUCUGGAGGAUAUAGUGACUGAAAACUGAGAGACAGAACAGAGAGUUUAAUGAGCCGUCAAUUCUGACUCAAACCCAAACCUUUCCUGCAGCUGCUUUGCCUUUUUACUCUGUUUUCUACUCUGAUACUGUAGGUGUAAACACCUUUUUUCCUUUAAGGAAGAAUCCCUCGCUCCCUGAUUGUUGGGGAACUGACUGCAUGUCACAUAGAAUAAAAACCUCAGUAAUAAAUGCAUCACCACUUACUGUUUUCUAUAGUUUUAGAGCAUUUUUAGGGGAUUUUUCCUUUGAUUUCCCCGUCGGUCGUCCUGCGGCGCCGCUUGAACCUGCCUCCGACUUUGUAAUUCAGUACUUUUCACAAUAUUUUUUUGGAAAAAUGGAAAAGAAAGGAGAAAAAAAAAAAGACGGUAAAAAUUACUGGGUUAAAUAUCACUAAACGCCUUGUUUUAACGGUAGCUUUGAGAUGAAUAGAAAUGUAAACAAAAAUGUAUUUAAAAAAAAAACUUCCAAAAUAUUUUUUGAAAAGAAAAAAACAAAUUACAUAUCAGUAUGAAGUUGGUAUAUAUGCGUCUAUGGUUUCUUGCUUAAGUAUGUUUGGUUAUGUUAGUGUGCAAACUGUUGCAUGGUUGUAGAGUUGUGUUAGUGUCACGAUGGUGGAAAAAAAAAAGAAAAUGGAAAAAGAUUUUUUGUUUUCUUUUCAGUAAUUUGUAUUUGUUUUGUUCUUAAAUGAAUCUGCAGUCCACUUCUCAGGGUCACAACCAAUCACCUUUACACUUUUAGGAAAAUGCAGAUUUACUUGACGGCUGACGAUUCUUUGUGCACGCUCAGACUUUUUCCAACUCUGUCCUUUGCGAGUUUUCCCUCGUGAAAAUUGUUUUGUGAGAAAUAUUUUGACUUUUUUUUUUUUUUAGUUCAGAAACUUCUCCUGGUCCCAGGACUGUGAAAAAAAGCAAACGAACUCUUGACGCUCUCAGUCGACUGUUGGAAAUCCAUCGAGAUGGAGAGAAACAUGUUGGUCUUUUUCUGCGAUGUUUAUAUCUAUUUUAUUUUGCUCAAGUGUUCCUAACAUGGUUUUAGAAAUGUACUUUAUGCUUUUUAACUAUUCUACUUUCCAUGUUAACUUAGUUACAUUUUGUUUAACUGUUUAAAAUAUUUAAACCAAAAAAGUAGCAGUGACCUUUAACCUUUCGCUAGUUUAUAAUACUGAUGUUCUUUUGGAUUUUUGUUUUUUUAGUUGUAGACGUUAAUAGCUCUUGGUCUCGGCUCUGUAAUGGCGGACAGUUUAACAUGUCCACUGUAGGGAAAAGUGGAGUCGAGUCACCGCACUGCAGGAGAAAUAAUCCAGCUCACAAAGUGACUGAGUCGACUGUUCGACAGCACGUUUACGUUAAGAGGAAAAAUUAAAUUUUAGAAAUAAAAAUACAUAUGUUGAAUCCAAAUUAUGAGAUACUAAGAUGAAAUGAUGACAUAUUUAAUCAUUAUACUGAACUCAUAGUUCUUUUCAUAAUUAUUUCAAUUUUUUGACUUACUGUCACAAAAAAUCUUUUUUAAUCUAAACUUUUGUGGCAUUAACAAUCAAAAUUUUAAAAUUUGUUGUAUUAAUUUAAAAAAAGAUAAAAUUUUGACUUACUGUAACAAUUUAUUUUUUUAAUCGACUCAGAUUUUAGACAUAGUCUCUCAUUAUUUUGACUUACCAUUUGUAUUUUUGAUGUUUUUAUCUUUCCUAACAUUUCCUGGCUGAAAUGAGCUUCAAUACUGAGCCUCAGAUUGAAACUUUAAAUUUGAAUAUUUGGAAAAUUGUUGGGAAAUUUUGCCUGAUUUUGAUAUUUUUUGUGUCCUUGAAUGAUCCUGACACAGAGAUCCAACUGUAAACACAUAUUGUCAUUUUAAAGUUGGAUUUUAGCGAAUAGAUCCUGUUUGAAGGACACAAGACUUUUUGUAAUAAGAACAGGACUUUAGAUUUGAAGGCUCAGUCACUUGUGGUGGAGACUUUUCGCAGUGUGGUCCCUGAAUCUCUGGUCAAAUCUGACUUCAGUUUGUGUCUGUGAGAUGGUAGCAUUAAUAAGAAAGCACUAACAAACGUUUGUUAGGUGUCUGUAUGGUUCGCUGUAAAUAAUCCUAACAGAUAGUGGAGUGUCUCUUUUGUUUUUGUUUGUUUUCUGGUGUAUUUAAGCUUUUAUUUUAUCUCUCGAAUGUCUUUUUCUCUCUCUCAAUCUUUACGAUCGAGCUUUGCAAUCAUGGACGAUGUCAUUAUCUUGUGAUGUUUUUUGAAAAAGAAUUUAAAACUUAAAAGACAGAAGGGAUCGGAGGAGGCGAGGAUCUGUCUCCUCCUGCUGUCAGGAGCCUUUAAAAGUUUUAUUUUUAGCUUCUGUUCUCAUUUCUCCAUCAUCAAACUAACAGGGAUUUGUAAUGUUUUUUGUUCAAUGCCUUGAAAUUUGUGGAUCACGUGCCUUCCAGGUUGAAAUGUUGUAAUGACAAUGCAUCAAUGAAGAACUUGAACUCUCUCUUUUUUUUUCUUUUUUUGUUUUUUUAAAAUGUCCUGAGUGGACGAAAUAAAUCAAAACACACAAACAGACAUCAGAAACCAACUAUGCACCACUCGGAGGAAGCUUCUCGCCACCACCACCCGCCCAGCUUUUAUAACGACUCAACAAACCAGACAGAAUGAUGUAGCAAAACCUCUUUUCUCCUUGUUGUUUAUUUUGAAAACGAAAAAAAAGUGUGAAGAAUAUUUUGUGGCAUUUUUUAUUUUUCACCAAGUGUUAGACUUUUUUUUUUUUUUUUUGCUUUUAUUUUUGUGUAGUUUACUGGAAAAAAUACAGCACUUUGCCAAAAAGAAAAAAAAGGUGUAGGAAUUCUAGGGUUAACUUUUUAUUUAUCGAACAUAACUGGUCUCCUUUUCUUUGUAUUUUGGAUGUUAUGAAUGAUCAACUCUCUGUUCUGAUGUCAGAAACAAAAAAAAGCUAAUUAAACGUGGGGUCAUCUGUUUUCGAACUGUAAUAGUUAAUACAUGUGAUCUCUUAUUAGCCGAAAAUAAAUGUUUUCAUAUGCA